CGCAGUUCAUUCUAGGCAUUCGAAGACGUCACCCGUAAAAACUCCAUUUCCCAUAAGCCAGUUGCCGGAAGUGGAGUCCGUUGAAGCGGAAGUGGAUGAGUUGUUUGUUAGCAACAGUCGCUGUGGUCUGUGUGAUGCUUUUGAAUCGUUUGAAUGAUGUUUGCUCGUGCUGAUGAGACAGCUGGCGAUAUUCCUGUGAAAGACAUCACUGUCAACCCAAAGGGAGCUACAUUGCCUGAGUCCCUACUGUCUCAGAAUGUCAGAGAGAGACAGAACGUGUCUAAAUUCAGCAGGGAGGAGCUGGAGGACAAAUUUCUGCGGCUGCAGGAUGAAAACCUCACACUUAAACAACAUACAUGCAACCAAGAAGACAAGAUCCGCAGGAUGGCCACCAAGUUGAUUCGUCUGGUGAAGGACCGUAAGAAGAGUGAGGGGGGUUGUGUAGUGGGCGGUCGAGAUGUUGAGAUGGAGGAGAUGAUGGAGGAGCUGCAGGAGAAGGUUCAGGAUCUUGAAAAACAGAACGAAGGGCUCAAACGGCGUCUGUUAGCAACCAAACAGCAGCUGCAGGUGCAAAACCGCAGGCACACUCCCUACAGCCACAUCCAACCGCGCAUCAACUCCGGCCUCCGCAGACUCAGAGAUGUCAUGCCUAUCUAAACAUAACGACAACACACU